AUGGAGAUGCAGAGCCUCUGCUCCAACAGCCUUGUUUUGGAUGGUUUUCUCUGCUCUGUAGUGCAGGCUAUGGUAGCUGAGGCAGCCAUUGUUGCUGCCAAGUCUAUUGCUUUGUCCUUCUGGAUGAUGGGAUCUAUUCCUAACACAACCACUGUUUUUCCCAAAGAACCUGAGGAACUCACAGGAUUUCCUAUCACUGAGCUUUUUGCAGUGGAAAAACCUGGUCCUGAGAACAAAGAUGCAAGUGAAACUGAGGACGAUGACGAUGACGAUGAUGAUGAUGAUGAUGAUGCUGCAGCUGGUGAUGACCAGGAUGAUGAUGGAGGUGAUGCGGAUGAUGCCUCUGGGGAAGAGAAUGAGGGUAAAGCAAAUCCGGAAGACGAGCCUGAGGCCAAUGGUGAUGGUGUGAGCGAAGAGGAUGGUGAUGAUGAUGAUGAUGACGACGAUGACGACGAUGAUGAUGACGGCGAUGAUGGGGAGGAAGACACUGAGGACGAUGAAGAGGAUGAGGAAGAUGAGGAGGAGGAAGAGAUACCUCAGCCACCUGCAAAGAGGAGGAAAUGA